AUGUCUAACCCAGAGAGUAAUAACAGUAACAACUCUGUACGUGGUUUUAGGAUUUUUAAUAAUGCAGACAGGUUUGUGUUGCAACGCCCUGAAAAUAACCAAAGGAAAAUACCACGUGCAUCAAUUAUUGAUGAUGUGUCCUUAGCUAGACGUAGACUUGCACAACGUGUUGCGUCUUUGCGUUGUACUGAAACUGUUGACCAUGCCAACGGCAGGCGUCAUAAUGAUGCUGUAAGGCAGGCAGCAGUUCUUAAUGCUAAAAGUAUUGAGCAAGCUGCCAAUAGGCGUACUCAAAAUGCUGAAAGGCAAGCUGCUGCACGUUCUUUAGAAAAUACUGAUGACGCUGCCAAUAGACGUGCUCGGGAUGCUGACAGGCAAGCUGCUGCACGUCGUUUAGAAAAUACUGAUCAUGCUGCUAAUAGACGUGUUCAAAAUGCUGAAAGGCAAGCUGCUGCAAGUCAGUUAGAAAAUCCUGAUCAGGCUGCCAAUAGACGUGCUCGAGAUGCUGACAGACCAAGAUCCUGCACGUCGUUUAGAAAACCCUGA